UAUGUGAGAAGCAUAAAAGGUGGAGAAGAAUCUCUCAAGGUGGCUCAGCCUGGCUGCCCCUUCUUCCCCAUUUGCCCCGUUUCUAAACGCGCCUGCAGGCUCUAGGGCAGCAACUUGAGCAGGCUCUUACAUAUCCUCAUUCUAUAAAGGCAGCAUUGCACACCUGUAAAGGGAAGCAACUCAGAGGCGCUAAGCCUUGAGCGGAAGACAACCACCAUGACAGCCAACGGAGCCACUUUGAUGCACUCAGUUCCGCCACAACAGGGCCUCUUGCUUGGCACUCUGGCUGCUCACGCUGGCCUGCCCCGCAAACCCUUGCUUGGAACCCAAACCGCUGAGGUCAGCACCCCCCCCGCCCUCCCUAACAACGCCCACGUCACCCCCCUGUUCCAAACCAGCGUGUUUGAUUUUGACUCCAUAAGCAGCGGGUUGGAGCAGGUUGUGGGCCAGGGUGCUUAUGGCUAUGGCAGGAUGGGCCUCCCAAACGCUCAUGAGCUGGGGGCAGCAGUGGCUGCGCUUGAGGGGGCCGAGGCGGGGGUGGCCACAUCAUCAGGCAUGGGUGCCAUCUCCGCCGCUAUCUUGUCUACUGUGAGCGCUGGCGACCUAGUGAUUGCCCAGCAAGAUGCGUAUGGCGGCACAACCGAAUUCUUUAGGCGCGACCUUCCUAGGUACGGAGUGACCGUCCGUUUUGAGGACACCAACGAUCUCGGACAUUUGGAGAAGCUAUUUUUCGGACCAGACUCGGACAGUGCGCCAAGAGCCCCUACCACCGCCAAAACAGAACCUAAUCUAUACGACGAGGGGCAGAGUCUCCAGAACGGCAGUGAGAAGGGGUUAAGAGCCUCGACGGAGGUUGAGACUUGCAGUUGCCGGUGCACUUGCCGUGAUAGCCAGUCGGGUGCAUCGACAAGCGAGGAUUCGGGAUUAGGUGGUUUGAUGUCGGGCGCUAGGGGGCGGGCGCGAAAGGUGGUGAUCUUUGCAGAGACGGUUUCGAACCCGCUGCUAAUGCUUUCGGACGUCCGAGCGCUUGCCAAGCUGGCCAAACGAGCGGGAGCACUUCUGAUAGUGGAUAACACCUUUAGGACGCCCCUCAGGUCGCAGCCACUGGCGGAGGGCGCAGAUCUUGUCAUCCACAGCGCGACCAAAUUUCUAGGGGGCCACCACGACCUCCUAGCUGGCGCAGUGGUCGGCUCAGCGAUGCUCGUGGAUCCGAUCAGGGACUUCGUGAAGCGGAUGGGCCUUUGGGCGGCCCCGCUGGACGCUUGGCUGGCGGUGCGAGGCAUCCGGACGCUGCAGGUUCGCGUCGAAAAGGCCUGGGCAAACGCGGCCACGCUGGGCCGCCAGCUCGAGGGGGAUCCCCGCGUCACGGCCGUUGCCUGGCACGAGAAAGUUGCUCUAGUCACGUUUGCUGUCGUGGGCGGUUUUCGGGGGGCGGAUGCAGCGGUAGCCGCCUUCAGAUUAAUCACCCUGUCCACGACGCUUGGUGGCGUGACGACUACUGUGUCUCACCCGGCCUCCUCGUCCCAUGCCUCGCUAAGUGUGGCUCAGCGGGGCGAGCUAGGGAUAAGCGAUGGGCACCUCAGACUUUCAGUUGGGAUUGAAGAGUCAGAGGAUCUGUGGGCGGACCUAGAUCGAGGACUGUCAGCAGCGGCGGCAGUGAAUAGAGAUCGUCGAGCGGUGAUCUGAUAAAGCAGCGGCUGAAUUGUACACUAGAGAUUCUCUCGUUGCGAGUUGUUUGAGCAUGCUUGUAUAGAUAGGCUGCCGCACGCAAAUGAGGAAACCAAGUGUUGUGAAGGACGCUGAUCAGUGAGCUAGCUCUUGAGUCUCUGCAAUCAUGGACGCGCGCAGCGUGCAUGCAUGAUGGAUACGAGUGAGUUAGCUCCAGAUUCUCAG